AUGACCCUUCUGUUCACUAAGAAUCUUUCCCCGGACAAAAUCAACUUGAGUACCCUGAAGGGGGAGGGUCAGCUCACCAACUUGGAGCUGGAUGAAGAGGUUCUACAGAAUGUGCUGGAACUGCCCACAUGGUUAGCCAUCACUCGGGUCUACUGCAACAGGGCCUCCAUCCGGAUCCAGUGGACAAAGUUGAAGACACACCCAAUUUGCUUGUGUCUGGAUAAGGUAGAGGUGGAGAUGAAGACGUGUGAGGAGCCUCGGCCCCCCAAUGGACAGUCUCCCAUUGCCCUUGCUUCAGGACAGAGUGAGUAUGGCUUUGCUGAAAAGGUAGUGGAGGGGAUGUUCAUCAUCGUCAAUUCCAUCACCAUCAAGAUUCACUCCAAGGCCUUCCAUGCUUCUUUUGAAUUAUGGCAGCUCCAGGGUUACAGUGUCAACCCUAACUGGCAACAGAGUGACCUUCGUCUGACUCGCAUCACUGAUCCCCGCCGAGGAGAGGUUUUAACAUUUAAGGAAAUAACUUGGCAGACACUUCGAAUUGAGGCAGAUGCUACAGAUAAUGGAGAUCAAGACCCAAUCACCACCCCACUGAGACUUAUUACCAACCAAGGCCGGAUCCAAAUAGCCCUCAAGAGAAGAACCAAAGAUUGUAAUGUGAUAGCCUCCAAGCUGAUGUUCCUGUUGGAUGACCUGCUCUGGGUGCUCACGGACUCACAGCUCAAGGCCAUGAUGAAGUAUGCCGAAUCUCUGAGUGAGGCCAUGGAGAAGUCGGCCCAGCAAAGAAAGAGCCUGGCCCCUGAACCUGUCCAGAUCACUCCACCUCCUCCCAGUGCCCAGCAGUCCUGGGCCCAGGCGUUUGGUGGCAGCCAGGGAAACAGCAGCAGCAGCAGCAGCCGGCUCAGCCAGUACUUUGAGAAAUUUGAUGUGAAAGAGUCCUCCUAUCAUCUGCUCAUCUCCCGCCUGGACCUGCACAUUUGUGAUGAUAGCCAGUCCCGGGAUCCAGGUAUCUCUGCAAAUAGACUCAUGGGUGGUGCCAUGCAGCUUACCUUCCGCAAGAUGGCAUUUGACUACUACCCCUUCCACUGGGCAGGUGAUAGCUGCAAACAUUGGGUACGGCACUGUGAGGCCAUGGAGACCCGAGGACAUUGGGCUCAGAAGCUUGUGAUAGAAUUUCAGAGUAAAAUGGAGAAGUGGCAUGAAGAGACCGGUCUGAAACCACCUUGGCACCUGGGGGUAGACUCCCCUUUCCGGAGGAAAGCAGAUUCUCUCUCUAGUCCUCGAAAGAACCUUCUUGAGAAGUGUCCCUCUGGGGGACGUCAGGCUGCUUUUCGGCCUCCGGCCUGGAAUCGCUUACGCUCUAGCUGCAUGGUUGUACGAGUGGAUGACCUGGACAUCCAUCAGGUUUCUACAGCUGGACAGCCAAGUAAGAAGCCAUCUACACUCCUUUCCUGCAGUCGCAAACUCCACAGCUUACCCACUCAGGUCUCUGCCAUUCAUGUUGAGUUUACAGAGUAUUAUUUCCCAGAUAAUCAGGAGCUUCCAGUUCCCUGUCCCAACCUCUACAUUCAGUUAAAUGAUUUGGCAUUUACUGUGGAUCCUGUCAGCUUGCUCUGGGGAAACCUCUUUUGCCUAGAUUUAUACCAUAGCUUGGAGCAAUUCAAAGCUAUUUACAAACUGGAAGAUUCAAGGCAGAAAGAUGAACAUCUGGACAUCCGACUGGAUGCCUUCCGGUUAAAGGUGAGCUUCCCUCUGGAGAAGAGAGAGCAGGCAAAAUUGCAUCGUCCCCAGGCCCUUGUCUUCUCUUCAUCAGGGAUGAUUGCCACCAAUACACGAUAUGCCCCACAAUGUAGCUGUCCAGAUCUCCAGACUCUCUUCCGGGGUUUUGCUGCUGCCGAGUUCUUCCAUUCUAAUUAUGAUCGCUUUCCCAAGGUUCCGGGUGGCUUUAGCCUUCUGCACAUGCUGUUUUUGCAUCAUGCCUUCCAGAUGGAUUCCCGCCUUCCUCAGCCUAGUACCCUCCCUCCCCAGAGGCCUAAGGCUUCCCAGGAUCUCUGGUCCAUCCACUUCACCCAGAUCUCCUUGGACUUUGAGGGAACAGAGAACUUCAAAGGCCAUACGUUGAAUUUUGUGGCCCCCUUCCCCUUGUCUGUUUGGGCCUGUCUACCUCUCCGCUGGCAGCAGGCCCAGGCUCGAAGGCUCCUUUUGGCCUCGGAGGGGAGGUUGAAACCAUCAGCCAGCUUUGGCAGUCCUGUUCACUCUGAAGCCCUCAUCCCUGAUUCUGUGUCCCAUCAGAGGUCAAAGACUGAGCAUGAUUUGAAAAGUUUGUCAGGCCUUACAGAAGUCAUGGAAAUUCUGAGAGAAGGCAGUGAUGGUGUGGGCAACAAAGGGCCUGUGACAGAGCUGGAGGAUGCAGCAGAUGUCCAUGUGCUUGUACACUCCCCAGCCCAUGUCCGCGUGAGGCUGGACCAUUACCAGUACUUGGCUCUGCUCCGUCUGAAGGAGGUGCUGCAGGAGCUUCAGGAGCAGCUGACUAAGGAUACAGAGGCCAUGACAGGGUCUCCCCUGCAGGACCAGACAGCUUGCAUUGGUGUGCUCUUUCCCAGCGCUGAGGUGGCUCUACUCAUGCAUCCUGCCCCUGGGGCUGUCGAUGCUGAUUCUGCAGGUUCAGACACCACCAGCCUUAUAGAUUCAGAGCUGUCUCGUUCAGAGGAUCGGGAACUGAAGUCUGAUGCCUCCUCAGACCAGGGCCCAGCAAGCCCCGAGAAGGUCCUGGAGAAUAGUAGUAUUGACAAUCUUGAUGCAUCUCAUGAGAGGCCUCAGAGCAAUGGAGAAUUGCAGGACUCAGAUCCACUUCCACAGCAGCUGUCAGGGAAAGGCCACGAGGCAGUUGAGUCCCUCCAGGCCAAGAGACUGAGCAGAGCCCAAGCCUCCAGCUCACCAGCUGCAUUGAAGUCCACAGCUGGCAGGGAUACUGCUGUGAACGGACAGGGUGAGCCUGUUCCCUUGAAGAACCUUGAAGGAGAAUUGUCGAGUGCUAUUCACAUGACCAAGGAUGCCACCAAGGAGGCUCUACAUGCCACCAUGGACCUCACUAAGGAAGCUGUGUCCCUGACUAAGGAUGCCUUCAGUCUGGGCAGAGAUCGAAUGACCUCCACCAUGCACAAGAUGCUGUCCCUGCCCCCAACCAAGGAGCCCAUGGCUAAGAUAGAUGAGGGCCCAGCAGCCCCAGUGGGUGGAGGUGCUGCCCGACUCCGCUUUUUCUCCAUGAAGAGGACAGUAUCUCAGCAGUCAUUUGAUGGUGUCUCAUUGGAUAACAGUGGCCCCGAAGACCGGAUUUCAGUGGACAGUGAUGGCAGCGAUAGCUUUGUGAUGCUCUUGGAGUCUGAAUCUGGUCCAGAAUCUGUUCCAUCAGGAUCCCUUCCAGGUGUCUUGGAUGAUGCUGUUCAAGGGAGCCCUGUUGUAGAUAGUUUUGGCCAGCGUUCUCCAGGGGCCAACAGUUCAGUAUCACCCAGUGGUGAGGACCUCGUCCUUCAUUCGGUCUCAGUUUUGGUUCUGAAGGUGAAUGAAGUGUCUGUUGGGAUUGAGGUACGUGGUGAGGACCUGACUGUAGCCUUGCAAGCAGAGGAACUGACCCUACAGCAGCUAGGCACCGUGGGACUCUGGCAGUUCCUACAAGGACAGUGCCCAGGUACAAGCUUUCAGGAAUCCUCAAGUUUGAAGACUGACAACAUCAGGCCAGCCUUAGGCCUUCGCUUUGAGGUGGGGCCUCGUGCAGCUGUUCAUUCCCCACUGGCUGCACAAAAUGGCUUCCUGCACUUCUUACUUCGAGGCUGUGAUCUUGAGCUGCUCACUUCGGUGCUCAAUGGCCUGGGGCCCUUUUUGGAGGAUGAGGAAGUCCCAGUGGUGUUCCCUAUGCAGAUUGAGCUCCUGAACUCCAGUAUCACACUAAAGGAUGAUAUCCCCCCCAUCUAUCCAACUUCCCCAGGCCCUGUCCCCAUCACUGUGGCCAUGGAGCAUGUUGUGCUGAAGAGGAGUGAUGAUGGCGUGUUCCACAUUGGUGCUGCUGCUCAGGACAGACCAUCAGCUGAAGUACCUAAAAGUGAGAAGAAGCAGCCCCUCAAAGAACAGCUAUUUCUGGUGCCCACAGGAGAGGUUUUUAGACAACAGGUGAAUGAACUGCCUACCCUACAAAAAGAACUUAUAGAAACUAAACAAGCAUUGGCCAGUGCUAACCAGGAUAAAGAGAAACUUCUUCAGGAGAUUAGGAAAUAUAACCCCCUCUUUGAGCUCUGAUAGCAGAGGCUGAGCCGUCUGUGCCAAGGAGAGAAGAGAUCACCAGCAGUAGCACCACCUGGGACAGAGGGCGUCUUCCAGCACUGGAAUGAUCCGCUGAGGAUGCAAGAGGGACCGGGUGUGCUCUGUGCACGCCUCCUGGGUGCACUUUCCGCUAGCUUUUCUAGCUUGGAUAGAGGAUAGGGCAAAGCUUGACUGCAUCCCAGGAAACUGGGGUCGCUUUGUACGUGGCUCAAGCAUCAUUUGUUGCCUGUAUAAAGCUAAAGCCUUUUGGCCUUCUGCACACUAGGUGGAAUCUUCUCCACACGGUAGGGCCAUUUCAUUUCUUGGUUUCAUGGUGGAGAUUUUUGCUUCCUUCACAGCCUGUGUGAACAAUUGAAAGUACCCAUUUCCUCAGCCACCCACAGACCCACCAAAGAUCUCGUGUCCCAGAGCUUCCUGCAGCAGACCUGAAAAGUUGUUGACCAGAACUUUAUAGUGGAAGAGAACAGGAAAUAGCUCAGCAAGGGGAGGGUGGGUAGAGAGGCACAAGAAUAAGGGAGACCCGGACUCUGCCUGCUUUGGAAUGGGAAUCAGGCUCAGAUCAACUUGGCAGAUGUUACAAUCAGAUUUUUCAGGGUCAAGCUUCCUUUUGUUGUAAUUUCAUCAUUGUGAUGCUGUGGAAGAAAGUAAACAGCAGUUGUGACUAAGCCAUAUCAUCUUUCCUUUCUGUAACAUAAUUUAUUUGAAAUUUAAAUCAAGAAAAAAAUGUUCACUCUGAGCUAGGGUGAGGGCAAGAUGAGGUACGGUAAAUAUGGGAGCCCUCUAGGCUCCUGAGCCCUCCAGGCUCCUGCCCCUCUUCUGCAGUUGCACCUGAGAAGUCAACUCCUCUGUCUUCCUGAGGUUCAUGGUCAUCUUCUUUCCCAGCAUCCUGAUUUUGCUCACCUGAGCACUUGGUCAUUUGGGAACUGAAAAUGUGUUUAAAUCUUAAUUAACAUAAACAUCUCAACCUGUUGCCUCUCACUCCCCUCUAUUACUAUGGCUUUUAAAAAUCAUGUAAUUUUGAUGUAAGUAAAAAACAACAGCAGCAGCAGCAGCAGCAAAAACCCCCCUCGAUAUAUCUGGAUUUCCCUUUCCUAAUUCUUCAAAACUCUGCCUUCAUCCAUACCUCUGUGGUAUGGUUCAGGCUGUGUCAAUUUGACAGAAGUAUCAGCUAACUCACCUUGAUUUAACAAGAUGGUAAAAUAGUGAAGUAGUGAUAUCACUGAAUUCUUAAUUGAACAUAACCUAUUGGAAGAGAAGUAAAUGGUUUCUUUUAUAGGAAAUCAUGCUUGAUUUAUAUACUCUGGUUUUUUGAGGAUAAAAAGAAACAUGGGAACAAGAUCUAAUUUGUUGAGACUUUUAAGGACUUUAGUUAAAUUUCUCCACUAAGGCAAAUUUUAAAAUAUCAGUUACUAUCAGAUUGUGGGAAUUUGUCAUUCUUGGGACAGAAAUUAAAGACUUGGGACUAAAGAAACAUUUUUCUGGAGAGAAUGUUAGCAGGGGAAGUUUCCUAAGGGUCAGUGAUUGGUUCAGUGUUAAGAUUCUUAUAAACGACCUAAAUGUAGGUCUUGACAAUGCAAUAAAAUGUUGCCGCUUCCAUACAAUAAAAGGUAGACCAGAAGAAAUGGAGACAGACGACAACAAACCCUCACAAAGUCAUGGACAGAUCACAACUAGCAGGGCUGUGAAUACUCAAAAAAGUGUCAAGUGAGGUUUGGCACAGUCAGUGUGAGGGAAUGGGUUUCUGAAGAAUGUUCAGUUGAUGGGGCGGUGAGCUCAGGAACGCCAGCAAAGCACUGCUGAGCCGGGGAUCGAUGUGCUACAGUGGCCCGAGCCUAGCUCCUCAGCAUGACCAGGAAGGGGUGCAAACACCACUGUACCUCAUGCAGAGUGUGGGUACAUCUUAAAUGAUCUGUGUAUCUCUAGAGACCUUAUUUAUCAAGGAUACGGUGAAGGGAGGAAAGGUCCAGAGAAUAGCAAAAAUAUUCUGCAUGACACAUCUUUUAAGAUGUGGACUGUGUUCAACAAGAAUGAAAACAGAGUGUUUGCUCACAUAUCCAGGCGGGAGCAAGGAUCCAGUCCUGAAAUUCUAGCUUUAAGGCUCUGCCUCAUCACCUUGGUUAAAAGAAUUGGGAAACCUGAUUGUUUUAAGAAGGGUCACCUGCAGAAUCUAAGUGUGAAUGCAGAAGGCUUAAAAGGAAUCCCUGUACGAUUGUCCCCCAAAGGGAAUGAUGUGAAACUGGGGCUGUUCUGUGAUCAACAACUGAGAGGUGACAUCCCUCCUCAAAGUCCCUGUAGUGCUUUUUUCAAGGGCAGGACGUUGAGCUGAGUAGAUCACUAGUCCUCUCAAGUGUGCAUUUCUGAUGUUCUUGGAGGAAACUAGAGGGAUGAGAUUCAGUAGCCAGAAAAUAGAAUUAUUCAACCUCAGGCUCCCCUGAAGUCAUUUAAAAUCACAUUCUGAUUCUCUUUCUCUGCUUCCUGCCUUGCCCUCCAUAUUCCUCUGGCAUCCCUCCAUGCAAAGAUGUGUCUAGUAGGCAUUGCUUGGUAUACCUUUGCCUUAAGCUUAAAGUAGAAACACAUCCAGCAAGUACCAAGGCUGACCUCUUAAUGGCCAGAGCUGUGUGUUUUCUGGGUUCUCUGAAGGAGUCUGGAAUUCUUGUCCAUGUGAUAAAUGGAGUCUUAGAAUUUCUGACUUAUGUGGCAGCUUGGGCCAUUGUCUUGAAAUUACCCCUCAAGAAAAUGUGGUAGGAUUCAUUAUUCAUUGGAAUUUUAGUAAAAAUUAUCUUGUGUAACUUUAUACUCUUAUUCAUUGGGUGAUGAUAACCUUUUCAUAAUGAAGUAUGACCUAGUGGUAAUCUUCAGAAUAAGUUCAAAAGAAAAUAACAAGGAAAAAGUAGUGUCAGCCCUUUUGAACUGAUUAUGCUUUCUGCUUUGGAACUGCAAGACUGAACCAGAAAUAAUAGUACCUCAAGAAAAUGUCGGGAGGAUAGCACCACCAUCCCUCAGAGGCUUUGGCUACUGCACAUCAUCAUUUCAGCUGUGGAACAACUAUAUUAUCUGUGAUCAUCAAGAUUUCUUGUUUACAUGCAGGAACUGGGGAUAAGCUUUAGGGCACACAGACUAGAGUGUAAAUCCUCUUCACUGGGCUGCAGGGACGAUUGGCAAUCUCAAAUUGUUUUCAACUCACUGGAAUAAUUAACUUAGAUUUUGAUUUUAAGACAGGAGUGGUUCUAUUCACGUGAUGGCUGCUUUUUGCUGUAUAUUUCAUUUGACCUUCAUUUUGCCAUGGCCUCAACCUUUGUGUCUCCUUUUCCAUGGUUCUGAAAGCAUGGUAUCUAUGUGGAAUAUACUAGGGAUAACCCUCCCCCAACAUACCCCAUAACUUAAAUGCUUCCACUUAACUAAUGCACACUAAUUCUUCCUUAGGGGGAAACAGAGUGGUAGAAGAUAGUUUGAAGUAUUGCCAGAUGGGAACUUUCCAUUUCAAACCUUUACACUAGGGAUUUUCCCCCCAUUAACUGUUUCAGAGACUCGGGUGUGAUGUACCAUCCUUUCAGAGACUAGGGCCUUUUGCCUCAUUGUUCCCCCAGCCAGAACCGGAAUAUUCCAUUCAUUUCUGGUAGGAUAGCACAGUAGAUAUUAUGGAAAGUAUUUUGUUUCCUGUGGCACUAGGGGAAACACUCGGACAACCUGCAAUAGUGAGGCCUUGCUAAGUGGCCGGACUUUGAUUUUCCUUACUUGUUAUUUAUCGUUUCAGCUUAUCCAAUAUCUCUAAUGGUGAUAGGUAAAGUUCCUAUAACUGUUUAAAAAAAAUUUCCUGUUAGAGUGGAAAGACGUCUUUUUACUCAGUUUAUUCAUUUUUAGUCAAGAUUUAGCCUGACUUGUAGCAUUUCUUUGUGAAGAAAUGUCUUCACUGGCUAAGUAUGUGCUUAAAGCCGUGAGUUUUUAAUGUAAGAUACUAAAAGUCAGAUGUGUCCCAGUUCAUAAGUUCAAGCUGUUUCCCCCACUCAGGGUGCUAAACAGAAUUGGAAUCUUAAAGUCAUGCUCAGGAAAGCUUUGAAAGACAACAGCCUCAAAAUCCUUCUCCCUAUGACACUGAACGGUAGAUGUAAAGAAUUCUGGGGGAUUGCCAAGUACAUACAGUGGCCUUAUUACUGCUAAUCACUGUCAAGGAAAGGUCACUCGCUCCAUUCCCCUCUGUUUGAGGAAAACAAUGAGAAUGUAUGCAACAAACUGGAAUCCUGGUCAGUAUUGGGAAAUUUUAAUGUUGCAACAUCUAAUCAAACCCUGAGUGUACUGGUUCUGUGAACCAUCUGGAAAAAAAAAAGCAUAUUAAACUUAUUAAACGAUAUUGUUUGUGGCA